UGCUUCUCUCUGUAAAACACACACAAAGACAUACAUACAAACACAAAUCCCAAUUAGGCCAUGGAAAAAAAACCUUUGAGAUGAUCAUGAUUCAUGAACCUUUCUUUCAUUUUAAUGGGUUCUAAAAGUCUAGAGAUACAUGGUCACCAUAUAUAGAUCAAACCAAGAGUGAUACCUCCUUCAAUCCCUCCAUCUUUACCACCUCUUCUCUUCUCUUCUCUUCUCUCUCACCUCCUCCUCUGUUCUUCUUCUUCUUCUUAUUCUUCUCUUUUCUAAACUUUUUCUCAACCUUGUUGUUCUUCUUCUUGGUGGUGCUUUGCCAUAGCUUGUAUAAUUAAGCAAGACAUGAAGAGAAGGUGUUUGAGCUCACAACCUUUGGGAGAUGGUCUUCUUGCUAAUGAUGAAGAAGACAUCAUCAACACAACAACACUCUCCUUCCAACCCAUCAUCACACAACAACAACAACAACAACAACAACAACAUAAACAAGAAGACCAAGAAGAAGACGACGAAGAAGAAGACAACUACUCAUCUGAAGCACUAUCUUCUCACCACCACCACCACCAUCAUCAUCAUCAUCAACAACAACAACCAUCAAUGCUUUCAGACAAAAAACGCCGUCUUUCCCCAUCCCAACUUCACGCUCUUGAACAAAGCUUCGACCUUGAUAACAAACUCGACCCUGACCGCAAACUCCGUCUCUCUCUCGACCUCUCCCUCCAACCCCGCCAAGUCGCCGUCUGGUUCCAAAACCGCCGCGCCCGCUUCAAAACCAAACAACUCGAACGCGACUUCUCCUCUCUCCGCUCCUCCUACAACUCUCUCCAACUCCAACUCGACUCUCUCCGCCACCAAAACCAUCUCCUCCUCUCCGACAUAAAAGAGCUCAAGAGAAAGCUUGAAGAGAAGCAAACAACGUCCAAAGGAGGAGGAGGAGGAGGAGGUGGAGGAUCGUCGGACAGUGAUUCUAGUGCAAUAAUGAAUGAGAAACAAAAGAGUGAAGAUCAGAUAAAGAAAGGGAAUGAGAAUGAGGAUCAAGUUGUGAGAUUUGCGGAGGAGGAGGAGGAGAUGGAAGAACCUUGUAGUAGUUUCUUCAACGAUGAACAACCACCCAGUCUUCUUAGCUGGUAUUGCUCUGAUUGGUGUUGAUGAUAAUAAUAUUGUGAAUGUUCAGGGGGUUUUCUGCAAAAAUUUAAGAAAUAAAACAAAAGUUUUGUAAAAUAUAGAGUUGUGCAGGGGCUUUUCCUUAAUUUUCUUUAAAAUAAGUACCUUCUUUUUCUCUUUUUUUUUUCCCUCUAGAGUUUUAUUAUGUAUAGCUUUUAUUUAAUUAUUAUUAUCAUGAGAUAGGAAUAAGAUCAAUGCUGGGGGUAAUUGUUUUA